CCUCAUUUUCAGAUUAUUUCUUUCUCGUGUCAGUUCUUUGUUGGUGCAAGCUUUCAGGACAGAAAUGAAGCUGAGAAAAUCAUCUCGUGAGAAAUACGUUCCUCUUAGUUACUAUGAAACUUGGUUUGUUUCUCUCCUUGCACUUUUUGUGUGUGUCUGUGUGGGGCUGACUGUACUUUCAUGGUUAACAAUCAAGGAGUUAGAACAAGCUCAAACUUCUGGAAAUAGCCAAGGCUACAUGGGAACAUUUAAAAUAAUUUCUGGGACAUCAUUCCUUCCUGCUUUGCAAGAUAAAUCAUCAGGCGACUUCAAAGUCCUUGCCUUUGAUGUUGAACACUUGAUACAAGAAAUCUUUCAAGCAAGUGAUCUGACAAAUAAAUUUGAGAGAUGUGAAAUUUUUCAGUUCAAGAACCCUGAAGAAGGUAAUGAAAUCUUGAAGACGUCUGAAACAGGUGUUGUUGUGAUCUUCGGCCUUUAUCUUAGCCAGAGAGUAACAGCUGAGAAAAUAAAAAAUGAGUUACUUUCAGGUAUCAACGCAAAUGCAACUGAUCUUUCUCAGACCUUGAAAAUUGAUGUGAACAGCAUAGAAAUCACAGUGGUUGCUGAAAAUCCUACUACUACAGUGCUGCCUUUAACUUCAUCAGAUCCUGUGGGUCUAUUUACAAGUUCUCUGGCAUCAACUCCAGGUUGUGUUUAUGCAGGUUCAGAACAACUCACAACAAGCAAGGCUGCAACAACUUCAGUUGAGUGCUUGCCGCCUGCUGAAGUUUGUGAUGAUGGAGUAACCUGCAUUGGAAAGGAUUUAUUUUGUGAUGGAAUCUUGGACUGCCCAGAUGGUUCAGAUGAAUCUGAAAAAAGAUGUGCUGCGAUUUGUGAUGGAAAAUUCAUGCUGACUGAUUCCUCUGGGUCUUUUCACUCCAUGAAUUAUCCAAAACCGUAUAAUGCAAAUAUUGUUUGCCAGUGGAUUAUACUAGUGCCUCAAGGGUUAUCCAUUAAGGUGAACUUCACUUCUUUUGAUACAGAACAGUUUAUGGACAACUUAAAUAUUUUUGAAGGUAUAGGACAAAACAAGAUUUUAAGAGCUUCUCUCUCAGGGUCUAAACCUGAGACAGUUCACAUUUUUUCACAUGAAGUUACAGCCAGGUUUACAUCUGAUUAUUCUGAAAACUACAAUGGCUUUAAUGCAACAUACACUACUUUUAAUGCAAGUGAACUAAAAAAUUUUGAGAAAGUCAGUUGCACAUUUGAAGAUGGCUUUUGUUACUGGAUACAAGAUUUAGAUGAUGAUUUAGACUGGGAAAGACUUCAGGGCUCUACCUUUCCCUUUAUGAGUGGUCCUGAUUUUGAUCAUACAUUUGGCAAUGCGUCAGGAUUCUAUAUUUCAACACCCACAGGACUUGGAGUUGAAGAAGGAAGAGUUCGACUUCAAAGUUUGCCUUUGAUCUCUUCAGAUCCAUCUUGUCUAAGUUUUUGGUAUUACAUGUAUAGUCCUAACAUUUACCGUUUAUGCGUUAGCAUAAGUGAAUAUGGUCUGGAAAAGAUAAUUUUCCAGAAAGAAGGAAACUAUGGAAAAAACUGGAUUUAUGGACAAGUAACAUUAAACGAAACAUCUGAUUUUAAGGUUAUAUUUGAUGCCUUUACAAGGAUUGCUCCAAGUGAGAUUGCCUUGGAUGAUAUUAGCCUGACAGAGGGAAAGUGUAAUGAAAGCAAUUAUGUAGAGCCAACUGCAUUUCCAAUUGCCACUACUACUGCUUCAGUUCCCACUGACUGUGGGGGUCCAGUUGAACUCUGGGAGCCAAACAGUACAUUCAGCUCUGAAAACUUUCCAAACAAUUAUCCUAAUCAAGCUUCUUGUGUAUGGUACUUAAAUGCCGAAAAAGGAAAAAACAUUCAACUUCAUUUUCAGAUUUUUGAUCUGGAAAAUAUUUAUGAUGUUGUUGAAGUCAGAGAUGGCAGAGGACAAGAUUCCUUACUUUUGGCUGUCUAUACAGGAAGUGACCCAUUGCCUGAUGUCUUCUCUACAACAAACCAGAUGACAGUAACUCUUUUUACGGACAAGAUUUCAACAAGGAAGGGAUUUCUUGCAAACUUUACUACUGGCUACCAUCUAGGAGCUUGUGCAGCUGAAGAAUAUCAGUGUCGUAGUGGAGAGUGCAUACCUUUGGAUAACCUUUGUGAUAAGCUACCUCAAUGUGAAGAUGGCUCUGAUGAAGAAAAAUGCAUGAGAUUGCUUAAUGGUUCUGCAAACACUGAAGGACUGGUACAGGUCAGGAUUGGGAAGGUAUGGCACCUGGCAUGUGCAGAUGAUUGGAAUGAAAAGAUUUCAGACAGUAUUUGCCAGCAGCUGGGAUUAGGGAAUUCAAAUAUGUCAUCAACUGUAUUUUUCACUGGAGAUGGUCCAUUUGCCAACAUCACCGAAGAAGCUAAUCAGAGCCUAAUAUUUACAAAAAAAGAACUUUGUUUAAACAACCUGGUGAUUCAUCUGCAGUGUAACAUUAAACCUUGUGGAAACCGCCUGGAAAUUGAGAACAAAGGAACAAGGAUUGUAGGUGGAAGUGAUGCCAGAAGAGAGGCUUGGCCUUGGAUUGUCUCACUUCAUUUUAAUUCCAGACCCGUUUGUGGAGCCUCCCUUGUCAAUGAGGAAUGGCUGGUGACAGCAGCACACUGUGUAUAUGGGAGACAAUUACAACCAUCUACAUGGAAAGCAGUUCUUGGCUUGUAUGACCAGUCGAAUAUGACAGACACUUCAACGGUAGUUCAAAACAUUGAUCAAAUAGUUAUAAAUCCUCAUUAUAACAAACUUACAAAAGACAGUGAUAUUGCUCUGAUGCAUCUUCAGUACAAAGUUCAAUAUACAGAUUACAUACAACCUAUCUGCUUACCGCAAAAAAAUCAACAGUUUCUACCAGGAAUUAACUGUUCCAUUGCUGGCUGGGGUGCUAUAAGAUAUGAAGGUCCCACUUCAAAUAUAUUGCAAGAAGCAGAGGUCCCUCUCAUUUUAAAUGAAAAAUGCCAGGAAUGGUUGCCAGAAUAUACUAUUACUGAGAAUAUGAUCUGUGCAGGCUAUGACAUGGGAGGAGUAGAUUCUUGUCAGGGAGAUUCAGGAGGCCCUCUGAUGUCUGAAGAUGGUAACCAAUGGGUUUUGGUAGGUGUGACAUCAUUUGGCUAUGAGUGUGCACUUGCCCAACGACCAGGAGUGUACGUUCGGGUUGCUAUGUUUGUGGACUGGAUCCAAAAAAUCAUCUACUACCUUGAUUUUCCUUAACAACAGAAAUAGAAGUUAAAGACUGCAAUUAAGCCAUUGCAGAA